CCGAUGGAGGUUCCGGAGCUGGGCAAUUGCCCACCCAUACCGGCCAAACGUUACUCAUAACGGCAUAUUUAUUCCAAUAUGGAUGCAUCUGUGGUCAAAAACCUCUCAUAAGGAGGCGGCUAAGACUCUCACCUCCGUUGCAAUAGGUCCUUUUACUUCUCAACUACUCAUCAAUCAAUUUCUCUUAUAGAAGAUGUGGUUGCUGUCCCUUGCGCUCACGGCGGCGCUCGCUGGCCUCGCCCGGGCGUUCUUGCAAGUCGUGCCAGGAGCGACAUGGACAACCCCCAACGGUGAGCACCUGCAAGCGCACGGCGCCGGCAUGAUUCAGGUCAACGGUACCUACUACAUGAUCGGCGAGGACAAGAGCGGCGGCCACUCGUUCUCCAACGUCAACUGCUACGCCUCGACCGAUUUGGUGCAGUGGACGUAUGUCGGCACUCUCUUGUCGCGGACCAGCUCGGGCGACCUCGGGCCCGACCGCGUGGUCGAGAGGCCCAAGGUCAUCUACAAUGACAGGACGCGCAAGUAUGUCCUCUGGAUGCACAUGGACAGCAGCAACUACGGCGAGGCGAGGGUCGCCGUGGCCACGGGCGAUUCCGUGUGCGGCAGGUACCAAUAUAUCCGGAGCUUUCAGCCGUUGGGCAGGGAAAGCCGUGAUAUGGGCUUGUUCAAGGACGAUGAUGGCAAGAGCUACUUGCUGACCGAAGAUCGUAAAUACGGGCUUCGCAUCGUGGCCUUGUCGGAUGACUUCCUCAACCCGACUACCGACGUCUACUCCUGGCGACUCGAAGGCGGCAACCGGGUCGAAGCGCCGGCCAUGGUCAAGCUCGGCGGAACUUACUUCCUUUUCGCGUCCAUGAUGACCGGAUGGGACGCCAACGAGAACCAAUACACGACGUCUACCUCGCUGACUGGCGGCUGGUCAAGCUGGAAGAAGUUUGCCGACAGCGGCUCAAAGACGUACAAUUCACAAACAACCAACAUCCUCAAAACCAGCUCGAGCAGCGCCAUCUACCUCGGGGACCGCUGGGUCAAGGACAACCUGAUGGCAAGCACCUACGUCUGGCUGCCCCUGCGCAUCAGCGGCACGACCGUGACCAUGAAGAACUUUGUCUCGUGGGUGCCGACAUCCAACCCCGCCUCCUGGCAGAACCCACCCGCGGAAACCAGCUACGAGGCCGAGAAGGCAGCCUACGGCGGCAAGGCGCGCACCGUCGACUGCGCCGGCUGCUCUGGCAAGCUCGCGGCGGGCUACAUCGGGGGGCCCGAUCGCGGGAGUGUCACCUUCAGCGGCAUCCGCAGCGACAUUGAUGGCUUAACGACGAUCCGCAUCAAGUUCCUGAACGGGGACAGCGGCCCGCGGUAUGCGAAUGUCAGGGUCAACGGGGACGGCGGGAGGAAGGUGGCGUUUUUGCAGGCCACGGGCGAUCCGGCGAGCAGCACGCUCCAUGCCAACUUGAGGAAGGGAUCGAGUAAUACGAUUGUUAUUGAGGGCUGGGGUACGGGUUGGGGCCCGGAUAUUGAUCGGUUGAUGGUGCCGGUGCAGUAGUUAGGUAGGAGUACUUUCAGGCCACCAUGACCCAUUGGCGAAGAUGGCUUCUUUGGCCAGAGCCGAUAAUUGGUUUGAAAUGGUUGCACAGACUGCGUUUGACUCACGUCGCCGCUAGCGCAGGGGCACGACGGUCGUGUCUCCUGAAACCUUGCGGUGAUGGCCCUGGUUCUGUUAUGCUUGGUCCUGAAUUCUGGUGUCGAUGUACUUUCAUGUCGACAAGGAGGAAGUGGUUGGACCUUGUGCCUGAGCACAUUUUGGAUGAGACGGCAAUGGCCAAACUGGAUGGCUGAGCACCUGUUAUUGACGGGCAGGUCGCGCAGCUAGCAGUCUGGUGGGGAUGGGAAAGCGUGACAAGGUGAAGCCAACUCGGACUACACGAGUAGGUAGUUACCAGACCUACCGCUGACUUCAGUUCUUCAUGGAGGUACAGGAAAUGUGAACUCCCAG